AGCAUUAUAUGGAAAAAAAAAAAGCUUUUCACAGUCUGAGUGAUAGUAGGUCCAAUCAUGAAAUUUUCCCCUCAAAUUACUACCUCUGGAGAAUUUCCAUAAAUUUUCAGGAAAGUCAGGGAAGUGGAAAUUGGUCAGGAAAUUUACUUGAAGUCCUGGAAAAUGUAUGGAAAUUCCCAGUGGUAUUAAUUGGAGAGGAAAGUUUCAUGCUCCAGUCCGCCAUCAUCCAAACUGUAAUUUUUUUUUCAGGUGGUGGUGUUAAGUACCUAAUCAUACACACUAUAAAUAAAAUGGUGUGUAAAAAGUUCUGUUUAAAUUUUUAUUUCUGUUAUAUAAUACUAGGCCAGCUAUGGUAGAGGCAGAAUUUGCAUUUUUGUUAUUUGUUUCGGUAAAUCGCAAAAAAAGGUCGGUUAUUAAACAAAAAAACAGUAAAGGAAAUUUGUAAUUUUGGUCAGGGGAGUCAAGGAUAUUAUAUGACAGAGAUGUGUGGACACCUUGAUAUUGGCCUGAAACAAGCUUUAAGAUCAAGAGAGAUAAGGAAAGUGAAAUUCCACACGGUAGAGCUGUCUGACCAACGUGAGGCAGAGGCAUAUGUAAGGGAAAUGUGUCCCCCCCUCCAUCCCCUGCAAGGAACUCCCAAGGCGACCUCACAAUAACGCAAUGGUCUGCGUUCAGCCGAGCCAUCACAAGAGUUAGCUAUGAUGAAUUGUGGCGUUCUGAGCAUGAACAAGUGAGUAAAUGGUGGAACUAGCUACCAAGGCAUGUGGCUAGAACGAUUAAUCAGCACAUACUGCAGGGGUCUUACAGUUAUAUGCUCCUGACUUCAGGGUGUUCUUUUAUAACUUCUAUGAACCUCCUACUUUACACAUCGUGGACUUGUCUAUAUACACUUAGUUGCAAAGUGAAGAAGACAACUGUGGCAUUUAUUAAUUAUUUUGAUCAUUAUUCAGAGUGAAUCAGAAUUUUCAACAAACUCUGGCUGCAGCAAUAAGCAGUCAUGAGUGAUUCCGAAGAUUAUGUGCCAUCGGAUUCAGAGGAUGAGUACUCUGAAAAUGAGAAGAUUCUGUUGGACCAAGCACGGAAAAGUGGAACGAAAGAUGACGAAAGCGAGGAGGAGGUGUAUGGUCUGCACUCCUCUGAGGACGGGAGCGACCCGGACGACGAUCAGGUGAACAUUGAGAGUGACCUGGACGGGGAAGGGGGCGACGGCCUGCCGGACGUCCGAGCCUGGGGCCGAGACAAGGGCGCCUACUACCACACCGACUACGUGGACCAGGAUUACGGAGGUUUCGACGGCAAGGAUGCUGUGGCAGCGGAGUACGAGGAGCAGGAGGCUCGUGCUAUCCAGAAGAGGUUGGCGGAGCAGCUGGACGAUGAGGACUUCUCGCUCGACGUCUUCGUCAAGAAGCCCGAGUCAAAAGAACCAGAGAAGGAAGAAGAAAUCAUCCAAACAGAUCCAACCAAACUGACCAAGAGACAAAAACUGGAAUUGUUGCAGAAAGAAUCGCCGGAGUUCUUUGGUCUUACUGAAGACUUCAAAGAGAAAAUGACUGAAGUUGACUGUCGACUUUCUCCAGUUUUGGGAUUCUUCAAAGAUGAUCAAUUUAAAACACUGCCAGCUGUUAAGUAUGUGAGGACCAAAUACCAUAUCAUCCUCAACUACUGCUCGAACAUCGCGUUCUACCUGCUGCUGAAGGCCCGCCGGGUGCCCGUGCAGUUCCACCCGGUGCUGCGCAGACUGUACCAGUACAGGCAGCUCCUCAAGCAACUGGAGCCCGUCGACAAGGAGGUGAUGGACUCUCAGAUCGACACUGUGUUGGCUGAGAUCCGGGAGGGGAGGGACCCAGCACUCGUGGCGGCGGCCAGCGAAGGACCCAAGAAAAGUUCAAAGAAGCUGUUGAAAUUAUUGGCAAAAAGAAACAAAGGAAAUACUGAGGAGGACAAAGAGUUGCAGCAGCCUCCAAGUAAGAAGAUGAAGGCCAAAGUGAAGGACGUCAGUGUGAAAACUUUGAUUGAUGAAGACCAAGAGGAAGAUGCAUAUGGUGAAGAAAAUGAAGCCGAGGCAGAUGACACCGGCGCUGCGGACGAUGCUGGCGAAGAGGAGGGGAAGCGAGCCAUCACCUACCAGAUGGCGAAGAACAGAGGGCUCACUCCGUACCGCAAGAAGGAGCUACGCAACCCUCGCGUCAAGCACAGGAUCAAGUACCGCAAGGCCAAGAUCCGCAGGAAGGGACAGGUCCGAGAGCCACGGCAUGAGCUUCAACGCUAUGGCGGUGAAAUAUCGGGGAUUAAAGCCAGCGUCACCAGGAGUAUUAAAAUCAAGUAGUUACAAGGCUUGUAACUAUCAAGUAAAAUUUUUUGUCUGAUGACUA